AUGGAGGCGCUGCGGAACGGCGACGGUGACUCCAGUCGUCGCAUUCUCUCGGCCCUGCUACCGGUUCUGGAAGCACGCCUGCACGCCAUGCAGUGCAAGCCAUCCGCUCACACUACUUCCACCGCCAUCGAGGCGUGGCGUCUCGCUCAUGCGCUGACGCUCAACAAUUACGGGUGUCAACUACGCCGCGACGGGCUCACGGAUGAAGCACUACGGCAGUUUCUGCGCGCAAAGCAGGUCGAGACGCUUGUCUUCGGGAAUCCAUCCUGCUCCACGAUGCUGAACCUCUCCGCCGUCCUCCUGAGCAGCGGGGCGGCGGAGGAGGCGCUGACUAUUUCGAAGGAGUGCGUGAUGGCGGCGCAAGACGGUGAGCCGAUUCUCUUCAUCACCGCUCUGCAUAACCUUGCCGUCGUGCUGGGGCAGCAGACCAGCGAGCGUGAGCGCAAAGCCGCUCUACCAACCAUGCUGCAGGCGCUGCGUGAGGCACAAAGCGCACUCAGCGAGCAGCACCCAACCACACUCAUGCUCAAGGAAAAGUGCGGUCUGACGUCGGGCUGGAUCUCGCAAGACCGCGGCGCCGAGGUCGGGCCUGAAAUGGCCGCGCCUGCGCGUGUUGCGGAAUCGCCUAUGGUGAAAGGCACGUUGCAUGAGGGCUCGGGAGCGCAGCCGCCUUCGCCGACGCCACUGACGGCGCAAGAGAGUGCUAGAGCUGCACUGCACACCCUGAACUUUGGAGAGCCCGUUCAUACCCCUCCGAUCGUACACGCCGUCGCAGUUCUCGACGUGGCGGAACCGGUGCACGGUGAUUCUCAUGGGUGGAAACAAGAUGCGUACCCUGAUUCCGCCUUACGGCACUCGCCGGACGCAGAUGCGCGCAGCCAACGUUAUGUGGGGAGAGUGACGCAAGAUAAUCAGGACUCGCUCCUCUCACUGCCCCGACAAUCAACGCAGCUCGACUCUGUGGCGGGCGCCGAUGCUGUGCGCGCCACGCCCCCGAAGAUGCCGCUGGGAGAGAGUGCCUUGUAUGAACCGCUACAAGUUGCUAGACGGCAGAGCAGCGCCGCGGCCUCAAUCGAUCAACGCUGCCUCAACUCUGUCAAUCUCUUCGGUAUGCAGCGUAGCGUCGCCAGUACGCCCCUAGAGACGGUGCUGCAGGAGCCUUUCCAGACUGUGUCUCUGAUGAUGAGCCGCAGCGUCCCCAACCUUGUAGGACCUGCUGGGUCUAUAGGAGACCUGUACAAAAUGGACAACGAGGACGGCAGAAGGGGCCCCGGCUUUUUGCGCUUCAGUUUGCCGCCGCGCCUGCCGGCAGCGAGCACGGUGUCUUUGCCGCUGCGCAAAGUCGCUCCUAAAGGAGUUGUGGCAGGGCCAUCAGGCGCAACCGAAGAAGACCGUCGCAGGAAGCCGUUACCCGCGACGAUGCCGCGGAGCGUCAGUAAAUGGAGCGGUGACAGCAACGUAGAAUGCAGUACGGCAACGACGCUUAUCCCGAUAAUGGCCACAACUGGGGGCCUAAAGACGGUCGACAAAGGCGAGAAACCAGCCCCCGAGACUGAGGGCCGCGCGACAUUACCAUCCGUCCCGCAACGAAGCGUUUUUGGGUGCAAUGGUUCCUUGUACGCGCGCCGGACUGUGCACCGUGAGGUCCAGAAGCAAGAGGAGAUGGCCUACCGUGCGCAGAGGGAGGCUGAGAGGAAGGCCGCGGAGGCCGAAACUGCCUUUCAGCUGGCUCUCCAGAAGAUUCAGUGUCGUACUCAGAACACCGCAGCCGUCACCAUACAGCAUACGUGGAGGCAGUGGUGGGGCGCUAUUGGUCGAACACGCCGAGAUGUGCAGCUGCAGCGACUCGAGCAACUGCAACGCCGUCGCCGUGAGCGACUGGCACUAGGCUUCGUGGCUGGAAAGAUACCGGGCAGGUCUGGAAAGGUCACCAUCCCGCCGCCACCGUCCCAGCAACACGGUCACGUCGGUGGCUACGUUGUACCUGCCGUGGUAUUGCGGUGCGGGAGAAAGUGGCUAGCCAACACCGUUUGUGUCCGACAUGUGGCCAAGAGCCACCGCAGCCCAGUUGACGCUCACCUGCAUGAGGCAGAUGUGCGUCGCUGCGUCUACCGAAUUCAAGCGUUGUGGCGUGGCGCCAUUGUUCGCCACUGGCGCGCUCAGCACCAGCAGCAACCACAGUUAAACGGUGAGAAUGCGUGUAUGAUUACCGUAUCUUCCGCGUAUCGACUGCGCGCGGAAGCAGAGCUUCGCGAGUACUCUGCCCUGGUUCUGCAGAUGGCGUACAGGAGCUACCGUGCGGGCCAGCUGCGGCGUCGGCUCUACCUCGAAAAGUACGGUGGACCGGCAGCGGUGAUCCAGCGCUGGCUGCGAUGCAUAUUGACUGAUCAGCGCAACCGCGGCGUUGACUCGCGCACCAUACGCAUGCACAGCGCGGCGGCGAGGACGAUACAGCGCCUGUGGCGCGGUUUCCUAGGUCGUGUCGCAUUCCGCAUGCGCGAGCUGCGACUUCGAAUGCACCUUGCCGGCUCCUACCCAUUUGCCAUUGAAGCAGGUAUUGGUACUGCACGGCGCCUUGCCGCGAUCGACGCCCGCGAGGGCAGGGCGGCAAGGCACAUGUCGACAAAGACCUCCACGCCCCCAUCACCCGCUGCAGUGAAGAGGGCAGACGCGCGUCCUUCGUCGGGUAGAGCAGAUUCCUUUGCUGCCGGGAAGGCGGCGCUCGAGUCAAACUGCACUGCAGCACUCAUCGACGCGUAUGCAGCUGACUGCUUCCAGCGGAGCGGCGAGGUGUAUCGACUGCGUGACGCGGAGCGAGACCGAUACCACAUUGGCCUUUAUGUGGACGUAAUAGCCACCAAGGAGCGGCGGGCGUGGCAAGAGUCCUUGCGAUUACGGUCUACCGAAGUGCUGCGCCGACGUGUCGUGAUGGACACCCGGAUUCACGAAGAGCAGCGCGCCUUCACGGAGCACCGGGCCGCACUCGUCAUUCAGCGUUCCUAUAGGGCCUGGCGAAGGAUGCGGGAGGACCCGAGUAGGAACACCAGUUUUCUCUACUACUCACGUGCAUUCUACCAGCAGCAAGAGCUUCGUUCCCUGGCGGCGCGGAAGCAGCGGCAGCUGGACACCGCGCGAGGGAUAGAACUUUACGGUGAUUCGACCAUGGCGAUGCGAGCAGAACGCGUGAAGGCAGCUGAGGAAUUAGCUUUGGUGGCAGACUGCAACGGUCCUGCUAGCAGCAGCAGCAGCGGGCCGAAGGGGGUCAUCGAGGUACCGCGCAAAGGUCCGAUGAAGAUUGCGUCGUACGCUGAGCGUAUGGCACGGAAGCAGCAGCGUCAAGAGCAAGAGGCGAUGCAGCGCAGGGACGAGGUAUUGGUUGACCUCACCUACCCACAUGACAUGGCGCACGCGCGAGAAGGACCCGAUGAGUGUGCGGCACGCAUUGGCACCACCUACGAGCAUCCUUACUACAUCCCCUACGUGAACGGAGAGCAUUGCCGCACUCUUGGGAUUGAUUAG